AUGUUUGCGAUAACAUGUCCUGGCCAAGGAUUCAUUCGAGCAUCCCUCAUGUCGCCCUACGCACAGUAUGGCCGCAUUCUAAGUCCCAUUUGUGCUGCUGUCGACGAGUCACUUCAAGCUUCUUUCUCUCAACAGUUAAAUGAUAACAAUGAACAGUUCCUCCGCAAGACUUCCAACGCCCAGCCCGCGAUGCUUAUGGCCACUGUUGCUGUGGCAGAGAUAUUACGGUCCCAUUACGGGCUUGAUUUUGUGCUGCGAGCUACCGCCAUUUGUGGCCACUCUUUGGGCGAGUAUACCGCCAUGGUGUUGAACGGAACUCUCGAUGUAGGCACCGCGGCCCGCCUCGUGCGACGUCGAGGAGAGCUCAUGGAGAAUCUCCGCCUACAGGAUUAUACGAUGGUGGCAGCGUUGAUUCGACCUGAAUUCCUUGAUUUGGUGGUAGAAACAUGUACAGCUGCUAGAGUACUAGCCAACGUCAAUUCGCAUAAACAAGUGGUUCUAUCCGGUCCAGAGUCUACGGUGAGCAAUGUUUUGGUGAGGCUUAAUGCCCAGCGGCGCGUGGUAGUGCGUACCGUCAAACUACCGGUGGAAAUUCCGUUUCACCAUGAGGUUUUAGGUCAGAUUGAGACUCCGUUGCGCGAGCUCGCGGCAGAAUUGGUCGAUGGCUUUGCCCCAGCUGCCGCCAGGCCCGCGCCCGUUCCGGCGCCCGCAGUAGUGUGCAAUCUCACGGGCGCGGUGACUCUCCCCACGGAGGUGGUAAACACCGUUAUUUCUGCCAACAGCCGGCCUGUGCAAUGGGUCAAAACGAUGGAUACGCUCGCGCUAUUGGGAGUAAAGACCCUAGUAAACUUUGGUCCAGGACAGGUUCUUCAGGGUAUAAACCAACUGUUUCCGUUUAAAAACGUAUCGGCAGAUUUGCUCAACGCGGCAGAGAUGGACCAGCUUGCGGCGGUGUACGAGACCGCGGUAGUCGGCAUACUGCCUGGAACUAAAUAAAGAACCAGGUGCAGAAAAGAUGUCUACAACGAUUAGAUUCGCAUCGGAUUGGUUGAACUGUCACAGCUCCCUUCCUGGUUGUACCUUCUUUUGGAGACUCGCACUAAUAAUUGCAGCUAUCACGGCUGCGAAAAGAACAAACCGGUUAUUUAACUGCAAAGUCAUCCAAGCACCAACACAAACCUGGUAAAUGAUGUUUUAUGUAUAUUCCUCGUGGCAAGAUUCAUACCCCAAAGCCCGAAUAAUAACUAGCUUCCUGGCUGCCAUCGCUAAAUUGGUUCCCCAAACCACAUUUCACACCCACACUAAAUACACAUCCCGGUCCCCCCCUCCA